CUCCUGACGCACCGGAAGGCCUCGGCGGCGCCGGCCGGAAGCGGGGCGGGCGCUGGACGGUUCCAGAACCGGUACCGGCAGCAUGGUGGACUACAGCGUGUGGGACCACAUUGAGGUGUCGGACGAUGAGGACGAGACGCACCCCAACAUCGACACCGCCAGCCUCUUCCGGUGGCGGCACCAGGCUCGGGUGGAGCGGAUGGAGCAAUUCCAGAAGGAAAAGGAAGAGCUGGAUAAAGGCUGCCGGGAAUGCAAGCGGAAGCUGAGCGAGUGCCUGAGGAAGAUGAGGGAGCUGGAGGUGUCAGCUCCGGACGGUGGGAAGGGGGAGCUGGAAAAGCUCCAGGCUGAGGCCCAACAGCUGCGGAAGGAGGAGAAGAGUUGGGAGAAGAAACUGGAGGAGCUGAAGAAGAAGGAGAAGAACCUGCCUUGGAAUGUGGAUACCCUGAGCAAGGAUGGAUUCAGCAAGAGCGUUUUCAACGUGAAAGCCGAAGAGAAGGAGGAAACUGAGGAGCAGAAGGAGAAGAAACACAAAACCUUCGUGGAGAGGCACGAGAAGCAGAUCAAACACUUUGGGAUGCUGCGGCGCUGGGAUGACAGCCAGAAGUACCUGUCGGAUAACCCCCACUUGGUGUGUGAGGAGACAGCCAAUUACCUGGUGAUCUGGUGCAUUGACCUGGAGGUGGAGGAGAAACACGCGCUGAUGGAGCAGGUCGCCCACCAGACCAUCGUCAUGCAGUUCAUCCUGGAGCUGGCCAAGAGCCUCAAGGUGGACCCCAGGGCCUGUUUCAGGCAGUUCUUCACCAAAAUCAAGACGGCCGACCAGCAGUACAUGGAGGGCUUCAAUGAGGAGCUGGAGGCCUUCAAGGAGCGGGUGCGGGGCCGGGCCAAGGUGCGCAUUGAGAAGGCCAUGAAGGAGUAUGAGGAAGAGGAGAGGCAGAAGCGACUGGGGCCAGGGGGGCUCGAUCCUGUGGAGGUCUACGAGUCCCUGCCACCCGAGCUCCAGAAGUGCUUCGAUGUCAAGGAUGUCCAGAUGUUACAAGAUGCCAUCAGUAAAAUGGAUCCAACUGAAGCCAAGCACCACAUGCAGCGCUGCAUCGACUCCGGCCUCUGGGUCCCCAAUGCCAAGAGUGGGGAAGGAGCUGGGAAAGGCGGAAGUGAGGGCUCGGAAGAGGAAGGGAAGAAGGAAAACGGGGAUGAGGAGGAAGGAAACGCGUGAGAUGGGGGGGGGGGGAACACACACACACACACACACAUGAGAUGGAAGCACCCGGAAAGAGGGAGAAGAUGGAUGGAAAAGAGGAGAAGUGAAUGGGAAGGAGCCGGGAAGAGGAGGGAAGGGGGAAGGGCCCCCCCCAACCCUCCCCUGUGCUUCACAAUAGAGACG